AUGGAUGAAGAGGAGGAAGCCCCAGUGCCUGAUGCCCCAGACUUUCCUGCCCCAGAGGCUCCAGUAAAUGGACCUGUCUCAUGGGCCCCAGGAGAGGCCCCUGACUUAGGUACCUCAGCAGAGGCCCUUUAUUUAGAGCCACCAGCAGAGGCCCCUGACUCAGAAACCUCGGCAGAGGCACCUGAUUUAGAGGCCACAAUAGAGGCCCCUGGUGCAGAGACCAUAGCAGACGCCCCUGAUUUAGAGCCCACAAUAGAGGCCCCUGACUUAGAGUCUAUAGCAGAGGCCCUUGUUUUAGAGACCCCAGCAGAGGCUCCUGACACAGAGGCUCCAGUAGGUACUCCAGUGGAUGUGUGUGUGGAGGCCGGAGAGGUUCAGACAACCAGAGAGAGCCGUAAACUAGACUGUAUCAUCUGCUACUCUGCCUUCAACUUGACUGAAAGGCUGCCACGCAAGCUCCACUGCGGCCACACUUUCUGCCAGGCUUGCCUAAGACGCCUUGAUACUAUCCUCAAUGAGCAGAUGUGGAUCCCCUGUCCACAGUGCAGGCAGAACACCCCCCUGCCACGCAGCGGCGCUACAGCCCUGGACCUCGACCUGGCAGCCUUCCUGGGGGUCAAAGCAGACUUGGACAACCAGAGGUCCAGCCCCCAGCAGGGCAGAAGGGAACUAGGCUCCCAACUGGAGCACAAGCCUUCCUUUGGGAAGCAGUCCAUCAUAGAACCACCUCAGGCCACAUGGCAUCACGGGGGACUGGCUGAGCCUCGUUUCCACAGAAGCCCCUGCUGCAGGCGCUUCUUCUGCUGCUGGUGGUGCUGCUAGACUGUCCAGAAUGACGAGUUGGCCAUAGAACCUGGUCAGCAGCUUUCCCAAACGAUUACAGGGGCACCUGGACUCCCAAGACUAUGAAAUGGAAGCGCUUGACAAGCUUUCAUGGGCAAUACAAGUUGUGAUUAACUCUACUGGAGGGGUUGCGCCAUUAUUUACAGUCAUUUAUGACAUUGACGGACUA